GCGCCCGCCGCCCGGCACCCAGAGCUGCUGCACCCAAGGCCGCCCACCAUGGCAGCGCCCCCCGCCCGCGCCCUCCUGCUCGCCCUGGCCGGGGCCCUGCUGGUGCCCCCCGCGGCCCGAGGGGUGAACCUGGGAACCCAAUUAGCACCUUCCAUGCAUGCGGCCGGAAGAGGGGGCCGGGAAGGAGCAUAUGAAGUAGUCCCCAUCUCUCUCUUGAACGGAGACCUCUGGGACCCAACGGAGAGCAUCCACUCAAAGAAUCAUCCAGAAGUGUUAAAUUUUCGAAUUCAACUGGAAAGCAAGGAACUGAUCAUAAAUCUGGAAAGAAAUGAAGGUCUCAUUGCUAGCAGUUUCACAGAAACUCAUUAUCUGCAAGAUGGUACUGAUAUAUCCUUCACUCGAAAUUACACGGGUCACUGCUACUACCACGGACAUGUGCAAGGGUAUUCUGGUUCCACCGCCAGCCUCAGCACUUGUUCUGGCCUCAGGGGACUUAUUACAUUUGAAAAUAACACCUAUAUCUUGGAACCGAUGAAAAACGAAACCAACAAAUACAAGCUCUUCCCAGUGGAGAACCUGAAGGGCACCUGGGGAUCCUGUGGAUCUCAUCACAACACGUCUACACUCGCUGCAGAGGACAGGCUCCAGCCACCCUCCCAGAUGUGGGCAAGAAGGCGUAAAAGAGAGACCCUCAAGAUGACCAAAUACGUAGAGCUGGUUAUCGUAGCAGACAACCGGGAGUUUCAGAGGCAAGGAAAAGAUCUGGAAAAAGUUAAGCAGCGAUUAAUAGAGAUCGCUAAUCACGUUGACAAGUUUUACAGACCACUGAACAUUCGGAUAGUGCUGGUGGGUGUGGAGGUGUGGAAUGACAUCGACAAAUGCUCUAUAAGUCAGGACCCAUUCACAAGCCUCCAUGAAUUUCUGGACUGGAGAAAGAUGAAGCUUCUACCUCGCAAAUCGCAUGACAAUGCCCAGCUAAUCAGUGGGGUUUAUUUCCAAGGGACGACCAUUGGCAUGGCACCAAUCAUGAGCAUGUGCACUGCAGAGCAGUCGGGAGGAAUCGUCAUGGACCAUUCAGACAGUCCCCUUGGUGCAGCCGUGACCCUGGCACAUGAGCUGGGCCACAACUUUGGGAUGAACCAUGACACACUGGAGAGAGGCUGUGGCUGCAGCGUAGCUGCCGACAAAGGAGGCUGCAUCAUGAACCCUUCAACCGGGUUCCCAUUCCCCAUGGUGUUCAGCAGCUGUAGCAAGAAGGACCUGGAGGCCAGCCUGGAGAAGGGCAUGGGCAUGUGCCUCUUCAACCUGCCCGAAGUGAAGCAGUCUUUCGGAGGCCAGAAGUGCGGGAACGGAUACGUGGAACAAGGAGAGGAGUGUGACUGUGGGGAGCCUGAGGAAUGUAUGAAUCUCUGCUGCAAUGCUACCACGUGCACCCUGAAACCAGAUGCUGUGUGCGCACAUGGGCUGUGCUGUGAAAACUGUCAGCUGAAACCUGCGGGAACGGCGUGCAGGGACUCCAGCAAUUCCUGCGACCUCCCAGAGUUCUGCACGGGUGCCAGUCCGCACUGCCCAGCCAAUGUGUACCUGCACGAUGGGCACCCAUGUCAGGGGGUGGAUGGCUACUGCUACAACGGCAUCUGUCAGACCCAUGAGCAGCAGUGCGUCACGCUCUGGGGACCAGGCGCUAAACCUGCCCCUGGGAUCUGCUUUGAGAGAGUCAACUCUGCAGGUGACCCUUAUGGCAACUGUGGCAAACACUCCAAGAGCUCCUUUGCCAAAUGUGAGAUGAGAGAUGCUAAAUGCGGAAAAAUCCAGUGUCAAGGAGGUGCCAGCCGGCCCGUCAUCGGUACCAAUGCUGUUUCCAUAGAAACAAACAUCCCACUGCAGGAAGGAGGUCGGAUUCUGUGCCGCGGGACCCAUGUGUACUUGGGCGAUGACAUGCCGGACCCCGGGCUUGUGCUUGCCGGCACAAAGUGUGCAGAUGGAAAAAUCUGCCUCAAUCGUCGGUGUCAGAACGUGAGCGUCUUCGGCGUCCACGAGUGCGUGAUGCAGUGCCACCAGAGAGGGGUGUGUAACAACCGGAAGAACUGCCACUGCGAGGCCCACUGGGCGCCUCCCUUCUGUGACAAGUUUGGCUUCGGGGGAAGCACAGACAGCGGCCCGGUCCGGCGAGCAGAUCACCAGGGUUUAACCAUAGGAGUUCUGGUGACCAUCCUGUGUCUUCUCGCUGCUGGAUUUGUAGUUUAUCUCAAAAGGAAGACGCUAAUACGCCUGCUGUUUACAGAUAAAAAAACCACCAUUGAGAAGCUAAGGUGUGUGCACCCUUCACGGCCAUCCCGAGGCUCCCACCCCGGUCAGGCUCACCUCAGCAAAGGCCUAAUGAGGAAGCCACCACUUUCCAACAUGUCAAAGGACACUACCAGGAGGUGGCCACAGUGUCAGAACGUUGACAUCAGCGGGCCCCUCCAGGCCCAUGACGCCCCUCCGCCAGGAUCGCCUCAGCGAGUGCUCCCACCCCUCCAGAAGGUUCCUCGUGCGCCCCUCGUCCCCGCCAGACCCCUGCCGGCCAACCCUGCCCUCCGGCAGAUCCAGGGAACUCGUAAGCCAAACCCUCCUCAGAAGCCUCUGCCUGCAGAUCCUUUGAGCAAGACAACCCGGCUCACCAGCGCCUCAGCCAGGGCCCCGGGACAGCAGGAGUCCGGGCUCCGCCUGGUGCCCCUCAGACCUGUUCCGAGACACCCGCCUCAAGGGCCCAGGCCCCCCCACACCGCCUGUACUAAGUGAGAAGCAAGUUGACACCUUUUUUCAACAGUGAAGACAGAAGUUUGCACUAUCUUUCAACUCCAGUUGGAGUUAGUUUUUUGUACCAACUUUUAGAAUUUUUUUUUUAAUGUUUAAAACACCAUUAUUUUAAGAAUUUUGAGCUACUGCCGUCGGUGCUGUGCUGUGCUAUGGUGCUCUGUAUACUUGCUCAGGUACUUGUAAAUUAUUAAUUUAUGCCGAUGUCUGUUGCAGUGCGGUGCGCUGUGGGAGGCAUUUUUACCAUCACUGAGUUUUCCACGGAAGGAAGGCUUGUGUGCUCUCAAUAGUGAACUUGAACUAUCCUGCUUUAUGGGAUUCUGGACAGGAUGUUUACCUUUCUGAUCGAGGCUUUAUUGAAGAAUGGUUCCCCAACCAUCCAUGGCUGUGGUUCUGGCACAGACGCAGCUCAGGAGACCCCAGGUAGAAACUUGAGGGAUUCUCUGGAACCCCUGGUCUCAGCCCCGAGCCAGGGGCUUCAAGUCCAGGCGGGCCUUGGGCCUUGUCACAGCUGACAGGCCAGCCCAGCAGCGGCCACACAUUGACGCUCCAGGAUGGCAGGGAACACCCUGGCCCCUGGCCGGGAAGCUCUGGAGGGAAUCUGGGUCACAGAAAGGAAUUCUAAGGUGUGGCCACACCAGGCCAGAGCCUGGGACACGAGGCCAGGCAGAAACUUGACCUUGAGCUCGCUGGCCAUUUGGAGAGCAGGCGAAGAUCGUUGCUUUACAGAAACCCUGCUCUUCACCCGAUUAUUCAGAGUGGGAGGGGGUGGCGUCUCUACCGGCCGUCUACUGCCCAGAGGCUGCAAACCUGCACCCCCCUGUACUGUCGGGAGCGGAGCUAAGCAAAUUACCACCGUGUCUUCUCAACCGUGAUGCAGGGAUUCUGUGUUCAGACAGACGGAUGAGGCUUUCCAUGGGACCGUAACGAUGUUCAGAUGUGGCCCAGUAACCAGAUCUAGUGAAUCAAUUCUGUAGAUAUAAACAGCUUAUUAAGAAUUAGGCAGGCUCCCUCUGCCUACAAAAGUACAAGCAAACGGAAUGCCGGGUGGCAGGCUGCCGUCCAGGGAGGACAAAGAAUCCUAAGUUACUGGUUAGUUAUUUGGGGGGCAUUCUCUUUUCCCAGUUUGGCUGCGGGAAUCCUAAGAAAAAAAAAGGGGGGGGGUGUUCAGAGCUUAUGCUAAAAAUAUCUUUUAAACACUUGCAACCUACCUGUUGAUCAUCACAGAAUGUGAUAAGGAAAUGAGGUUCCCAAUCCUAAAUAUUCAUGCAGUGCAGUCUUGGGCAGCAGCCCCUUCAACCUUUUACUCUUCAAAGGUCUGACUGGGGAGCUGUUUUCCCAAGGAGAUCUUGAAGUCGCCUGUACUAAUGGCAUGAAAAUUACAAAAACACUCAGACAAGGUAAAAUGCCAUUAUGCCCCUGUCUUCUGCUGGGGUCAUAUGUGACUCGUUUUCACAUUAGAAGGCAAUUGACAACAGUUCCGUAAUUCACUCUGAGUGUUUUAAGAUAAAGACUUCAGUUGGGGUCAUUUCAACGGGUUUUCUGUGCCUUGAAGCGGAGAGACAAAAUAUACCAAGAAUCGGUUUUCCUUCCAGAAAACAAGACUGCAUUUAACUCUCCCGAUGUUCCCCGCUGUAUCUAGGCAACAUAGUAUUCAUGAUCACAGAGAAAAUAAAUCCAUGUCACAAACACACAAAAGGGAGCCCAGUCCUAAUACAUUCCACCUCCUAUAGCAUUUGUCUGUGUAUCAUACAAUUAUUAAUUUCUUAAAAAGGCAAAGCCACGUUAGACAGUAUUACUGCUGAUGAAUGCCUACGGAAUUACUGUAACUGAUACUACAUUUGAUCAUUGUAUCAAGGCAGGCCAAAACAUAUGCUAUGGAAAAGUUUACAGAAUUUUUAUGGUGCAUUAUGUGGGUGUUGUCUUUACAGAUGCCCAAAUCCUUAGACCCAUCAUUUUAGCCCUUCCUCUUAUUGUGAAGAAGAGGAUGUGAAGGGGUUUUUUUGUUUUUGUUUGGUUUUUUCUUUUUCUUUUUUUUUUUUUUUUUUUUGUCUGUCCUUACCUAGAAUUCCUGUAGCUUCCAUUUCAGAGAAUAGUUGGGUAUUAAAGUUAAUGCUGUGAUCUUAUACCAUGUCAUCAAUGACCAUGUAGGGGCUGCAGCUGAUGACACAUUCCUACCCCUACAGUACAAAUUGCUUUUAUAGAGAGGCAUGCAAGUUAUUUCUGGAUAAGAAUAUGUUUAAGCCUAACAGCCCCUGAUGAUAUACAGAUCUUAAAGGAAUAAUACUUCCAAGAUGCAGAAUCAAAUGAAUAUUUAGCAAUAAGUUCCAUUUUAAUAUAAAAGAACCAAGAGCCAGAGUUUCUUUUGGUGGGGCGGGGGGUCGGAGGGGAGACAUGGGAGGGGAAGGUGUACCUCUCCCUUUUUAUAUCCUUAUCAAUGACGGAAACAAAAAUCAAUACUUGUAUUUUCAUGGCAGUCUAUUUUUAAUAUUUUUUUAAAUUUUUGUAGGCAUGAAUAAGAGUUGAUUUGAGUUUAUAAGGCCGUCAACGUGUCUAGACACAAAGCAGGCCCUGAGGGUAGUCGCUUUUCUUCUCCCCAUCUUGUUAUAGUUGUAGGUUAUGUGACCCCACUUACUGGGAAGUAUAGGGCUAAUCUUCCAGGCAUUCCCUUUAAAAGUUUAUCUCCUGAAUUUUUUGGUAACAGUUUGUUUUGCUGACACAUGGAGUCAGAUGUGUAGCAACCAAGAGAAACAAUGCAUAACAUUUUCCAUUGUCAAAAUAUGCAUACAGAGGUUACACUUCCCAGUGUGAAUUUUUCCAGCUUACACAUGUGGGAUGACAUCACAGAAACCACAAAAGCAACAAAUUAAACUACAUGAGAAUAAAUACUCCUGACUGGUCUCAGAGGGGACAUCUUUAUGCCUUCUUAACUUUAUUACAAAUUCUCAGGCUGAAACCGUAGGCCAUUGUUCUCCGGCAAAUCAAUGCAACCCAUCGCUGUAGCCCCUCAAAGAAAAGCAGGGAAAACUCUGAUCAGUGGCGAGCUGUCCUCAGGAGCCUGUGGUCUCCCCUGGUGCUGCAGAGAGCCUGGUGCUGGGCCAGCGAGAGUGCCCGGGCACCUUCCUGCCAUCUCUCAGUUGAUGUUUACUAAGCAUUCUGAGCCAAUGCGGCCCUGACAACUGAAAGGGCAAGAUGCCUGGGCAGUGGGGCCGGAUCUUUCUCACACAACCUGACCCCCCCCCCCCUUUGGCAGUCUUUCCUCAUGAGGCUUAUUUCAUUGAAAACUUCUGCAAUGGAGGGCUCCCUUCUGUGUUCUGGGAGCAGCAAGCCCAGGGCAGGACUCGCUCUGGUGCUCCUUCCUCACUGCUGUCAAUAGGACCCCAGCCAACCGGAAGUGACCCAGAUAAACUUGAUACCGACCCUCCCCCAGAAGUCCCACGGUGCCUGUGCUGACCCUGUAGGUGUGACUCUGAGGCUGGGGACUUCAUACACUAUGGCUUGCUGGUGGGGGACAGUGCACGGACCACCUGUUCCCCUCCCUACCACCACAGAGGCCUGCCCUAGGCUGCGACAGGUACCCCCAUCACGACUCAGGAGCAGACCCAUAAACACAUCUGGAUGCAGGCAGCUGAGGCUAAUACAUCUGUUUGCUUCUCACCACCCAGAGGCAAGUCCCCUUUCCAGACCAAACCCAGUGCCGAUGCCCCUUCCCAUGUGAGAAAUCUCUGCCAUCAGAGCCAACUCAGGUCAGCCAAAGUGGGGGCUGUGGGAGGGUGUCACUACCAGCCCCCCAGCCCACUCUUCUCCAGAGUGGCCAUCUAAAGCAAGCCCACCAGCUACGCCCCAGCUUUGAAUCCAGCAGAGUCCCUCCUACAGGCACAUCACCCCCUAGAAAAUCAGUUUAUCUAUGAGGGCACAAUUCUCUUGACUCACUCCAUAGCUCCUGUUGACAUCUGUUCCUUUAAAACCUAUUUGGAAGCUGCAGUGGUGAUACACAUUACACACUAAGAAAGAUUCGUGAGCCCCAGGCUAAGAACCAUUUCUGUGCAGUAAGGAUGCUUCCAGAAGCCAUUUACCUACACAUGGAUGGAAAUCCCCUCUUUAACUCUUGGGACAGCAGUGGCAGCUGACCGUCCAGCCAUAAGAGUCGACUUCAUAGGAGAAAAACUAGGAGACAAAACACCGCAUAUAAAACUGUUAUAACAUUCAAUAAUGGGUAGUGAUAGCCUGGAGAUUUACCACAUAGUGAAAGAAAUUCUCACUGGGAUUCAGCUCUUCCAGGUUGAAUAUUCUGGAACCCAUCCUGAUUUUCCACAUCAUCUGCAAAAAACAUGUCUUAUGUUCCCCCUGUGAGUUUCCUUCCCGAAAAUAAUUUAGUCCUCCAUUUAAGCGCAGUUUAAAUCCAGACAAAAUAAUAAAUAUCCUGUGAUCCUUUUAGUUUUACAAAGAACUAAAAGGACAUCUAUGUUCAUGGCCUAUAAGCAAGCACAUAAGGAGGGCAGUGAUAGAAAAAAAAAUGUAUCAAAUUAGAAAAUCCUCUAAGAGUCCAAGGCGGGAUGAGUAAUAGCAGAGCUGAUGGUUCUCUUUUACCUUCUAUCAGGUCAAAUUGGGAGGUUGUAGGGAAGACCCAUGGUUUAAACGUGUGUGGCAACUGUUAAACUCUCAGAACACUUGGCUACAGGCCAUUCAGCGCAGUACAGUUACAGCUACUAAACAAACCAUUUCAUCAAGUUCACAGAGCUUCAUCCAUUUAUAAUGCUUCAGUUUGCUCAUUUCUUUUCACAUACCCUUUAUGUUACAGCCUGUUACUUUUGUACACGUUUCUCAUAUUGGGGUUCUACAGGUAACAACCUAUUUCCGUAGAGAAAGUCAUUGUUAAGAAUAUUAUAUCCAAUAAAUGGUAUACAGGUAAACAUAAA